AUGCCAGACCCGUGCCACCUGUCAUGCCAGACUCGUGCCACCUGUCAUGCCAGACUCUUGCCACCUGUCAUGCCAGACUCGUGCUACCUGUCAUGCCAGACUCUUGCCACCUGUCAUGCCAGACCCGUGCCACCUGUCAUGCCAGACUCGUGCCACCUGUCAUGCCAGACCCGUGCCACCUGUCAUGCCAGACUCGUGCCACCUGUCAUGCCAGACUCGUGCCACCUGUCAUGCCAGACUCGUGCCACCUGUCAUGCCAGACUCGUGCCACCUGUCAUGCCAGACUCGUGCCACCUGUCAUGCCAGACUCGUGCCAGCUGUCAUGUCAGACUCGUGCCACCUGUCAUGCCAGACUCGUGCCACCUGUCAUGCCAGACUCGUGCCACCUGUCAUGCUAGACUCGUGCCACCUGUCAUGCCAGACUCGUGCCACCUGUCAUGCCAGACUCGUGUCACCUGUCAUGUCAGACUCGUGCCACCUGUCAUGCCAGACUCGUGCCACCUGUCAUGCCAGACUCGUGCCACCUGUCAUGCUAGACUCGUGCCACCUGUCAUGCCAGACUCGUGCCACCUGUCAUGCCAGACUCGUGUCACCUGUCAUGCCAGACUCGUGCCACCUGUCAUGCCAGACUCGUGCCACCUGUCAAGCAAGACUCGGGCCACCUGUCAUGCCAGACUAGGACCACUUGUCAUGCCAGACUCGUGCCACCUGUCAUGCCAGACUCGUGCCACCUGUCAUGCCAGACUCGUGCCACCUGUCAUGCCAGACUCGUGCCACCUGUCAUGCCAGAAUCGUGCCACCUGUCAAGCCAGACUCGUGCCACCUGUCAUGCCAGACUCGUACCACCUGUCAUGCCAGACUCGUGCCACCUGUCAUGCCAGACUCGUGCCACCUGUCAUGCUAGACUCGUGCCACCUGUCAUGCCAGACUCGUGCCACCUGUCAUGCCAGACUCGUGCCACCUGUCAAGCCAGACUCGUGCCACCUGCCAAGCCAGACUCGUGCCACCUGUCAUGCCAGACUCGUGCCACCUGUCAAGCCAGACUCGUGCCACCUGUCAUGCCAGACACGUGCCACCUGUCAAACCAGACUCGUGCCACCUGCCAAGCCAGACUCCUGCCACCUGUCAAGCCAGACUCAUGCCACCUGCCAAGCCAGACUCGUGCCACCUGCCAAGCCAGACUCGUGCCACCUGCCAAGCCAGACUCGUGCCACCUGGCAAGCCAGACUCGGGCCACCUGCCAAGCCAGACUCGUGCCACCUGUCAAGCCAGACUCGUGCUUCCUGUCAAGCCAGACUAGGACCACCUGUCAUGCCAGACUCGUGCCACCUGUCAUGCCAGACUCGUGCCCCCUGUCAAGCCAGACUCGUGCCACCUGUCAAGCCAGACUAG